GCUUGGCAGUAUGAGGUACUCGACCUUGCUAAUUCUGGGUCUUAUUUUGGCCCUGGCCCUCGGAGGCGAGGCCAAGUCCAAGUCCAAGAAGCAGAAGAACAAGCAGAAGGCCGAGACGAUCCUGCCCCUCGCCGAACCCUGCAAACCAGCGAAUUGCAAACUUCCCGAUUGCCGCUGCUCCGAUGCCAUCCUACCCAGAUCCAAGUUUCAGGGCAAGGAAAACGAGAUCCCUCAGUUCGUGACCAUUACUUUCGAUGAUGCUGUCAAUGCAGUGAACUACGCCCAGUACGAGCUGCUUUUCGAGGGACUGACCAAUCCGGAUGGCUGCGAGGCCGCUGGGACUUUCUUUUUGUCCCACGAGUACACGGAUUACGUGAAGGUGAAUGCUCUCUAUAGGGCGGGACACGAGAUUGCCCUGCAUUCGGUGACCCAUGGCGAUGGCACCGACUACUGGCGAUCGGCGGAUGUGGCCACCGUGGAGCGAGAGUUUGGAGCCCAGCUGAAAAUGCUGGAGGCCUUCGCCAAGGUGGAUCCGAAAAAGGUGCAGGGAAUGCGCCUGCCCUUCCUCCAGAUUUCCGGCAAUAAUACCUUCGAGGCAGCCCGUCGUUUGGGCCUGAGCUACGACAGUUCCUGGCCAACGCAGCAGUUCAAGGAUCCGGCCAUGUGGCCCUACACCCUGGACUUCAAGUCCAAGCAGGACUGCCAGAUAGGUCCCUGCCCAGAGGCCUCGAUACCCGGCUUUUGGGUCAACCCCAUGGUCACAUGGACCGACACCGAGGGCUACAGCUGCUCCAUGAUCGAUGCCUGUGUCUAUCCGCCGGAGGACGAUGUGGACGAGCUGUUCGACUGGAUGCUGAAGAACUUCAAUAGGCACUACCAGGGCAGCAGGGCGCCCUUCGGGAUGUAUCUGCAUGCCGCUUGGUUCGCAAGGGGUCGCAACUACUUUGGCGCCUUCAAAAAAUUCAUUAACCACCUAAACACCUAUACGGAUGUGUAUUUUACCGGCAUUUCGCGGAUGCUGGAGUAUGUGAAGAAGCCCGUGCUGGGCGCUCCAUUCAAGGAGUGUCCCGCGCUGCCGGAGGCGGAGUGUCGAGCGGUCCAGUGCCAUGUCCAAAAGAUGUCCACCGGCGAGGAGCGCUACAUGACCGUGUGCGACAAGUGCCCCGCCGUCUAUCCCUGGCUGGACAAUCCUCUAGGACAGCAGCUGUAGACCCACCAGCCUUUUGCCCCACAAAGAGCGUACACGGAAAACAAUAAAAAGGAGUUUUGCAUAACGAAA